ACAUCCUGGUUCCGGGUUCUGACAUUUCAUUCAGAGCCAUUAUAGAUCUAUGUUCAGAGCCAAACCGGAGCCAAGUCGCAGCGUGCAUUGACUUCAGGGUGUUGUCUUUUGUACUCGUGUCAUUAAGGAAAAUGCCUCUGAAGUUUGAGUUAUGUCCGGGGAGAAUGAUUGGAGGUUCUCAUCCGUGCUUUAUUAUUGCCGAAAUAGGACAAAAUCACCAAGGAGAUAUUGAAAUAGCCAAGGAGAUGAUCAAAAUGGCAAAGGAUUGCGGAGCUGAUUGUGCCAAAUUUCAGAAGAGUGAACUGGAGUACAAGUUCAACAAGAAAGCUCUGGAGAGGCCUUACACCUCCAAACAUUCAUGGGGAAAAACUUAUGGAGAGCACAAACGCCAUCUAGAGUUCAAUCAUGAGCAAUACAGGGAAUUGCAGAAAUACGCCGAGGAGGUGGGGAUCUACUUCACUGCGUCAGGAAUGGACGAGAUGGCUGUAGAGUUUCUUCAUGAUCUUAAUGUGCCUUUCUUCAAAGUGGGGUCUGGGGAUACAAACAACUUUCCUUAUCUAGAGAAAACUGCACAAAAGGGACGUCCCAUGGUGGUGUCUAGUGGGAUGCAGUCCAUGGAGACGAUGCGGCGCGUGUAUCAGACAGUGAAGAAACACAAUCAGAACUUUGCCAUUCUGCAGUGCACCAGUGCCUAUCCUCUCGAAGCAGAGGAUGUCAACCUCAGAGUCAUUUCUGAAUACCAGAAAGAGUUUCCAGAUAUACCUAUUGGUUACUCUGGUCAUGAGUCUGGCAUCAGUAUUUCAGUGGCAGCUGUCGCUUUGGGGGCAAAGAUUGUGGAGCGACAUGUCACUUUGGACAAGACGUGGAAGGGCAGUGACCAUGAAGCGUCUCUGGUGCCCUCUGAGUUAGCGGAGCUCGUCCGUUCAAUUCGUUUGGUGGAGAGAGCGCUGGGCACUGGCAUCAAGCAGAUGUUAGCCUGUGAGAAGCCAUGUCAUGACAAGCUUGGAAAAUCAGUCGUGGCUAAAGUGAAGAUUCCCAAAGGCACUGUCCUGAGUCUGGACAUGUUGACCGUGAAGGUGGCUGAGCCGAUGGGUGUUGCUGCAGAGGACAUUUUCCAGCUGGUCGGGAAGUCCGUGUCCGAGGACGUGGAUGAGGACGAGAGUGUUACACCUGAAGUUGUAGACAGUUAUGGCAAGAGAGUUAAAUCCUGAAGGCAAUAAUAACAUUUGAAAUGACUUUCAAAGUAAAGAAUGACCCUUUUUAUUUAAGGUUUCUAAAACAAGACCUGUCUUAUUUUCCUCAAUAAUUUGAGGGAGGUGCCAACAAUUUGAUCAGAUUUGAUAAAACUGACUUUUUACUUGAUUUAAAAAUAAAAUUGUUCUGAAAAAAUAA